GGCAAAAUUUCACAAAAACUUUUCACCAAGAAAACCAGUCAGUUCCGUUAGAAAAUUCGUAUGAAUUUAUUACUGCAUUUUCUGAAAUUCAAAUUAUAUGUUCACAUAACACAAAUAAAGCUGGCUACUUUUCUUUCCUAGUUUUCGCGGAUGUUUGUUAUAUUUUUUUCGGAAAUCAGCUUUUUUCACCAUCAUUCUCCAUCAAUAAUUUUAUCACUUAAUUUAGUCAAAAAUAUUAUAACACUUGUUUUUUAGGCCUUACAAUGCCAAUUUUUGGCGAGACACCAUCACCCUAUGAUGAGACCGUUGAGAAGGUUACUGCUGAGACAUGCACCACGGAGAAUUGGACACUGAUUCUUGAUAUAUGUGAUCGAGUGAUCGCUGAUCAAAAUAAAGGAGCCAAACUGUGCUUGCUGUCAGUGAAGAAAAGAUUAAAUCAUCGUGAUCCGCAUGUUGUUUUGCUAGCAUUGUCUUUGCUGGAUUCCUUAUGGAGUAACUGUGGAGUUGCAUUCAGACGUGAAGUUUCGUCGCGAGAAUUCUCGCAAGAAUUAAGUUUCAAAGCUACACAUAGUAAUCGUUCAAUCGGUGAAAAAACACGUUCGAUUAUCAAGAAGUGGUCAGAAAAUGAGUGUAAACAGGAUGCGUCAUUGGGUUUAAUUGAAACUCUCUACAAAAACCUUCUUGCAGAAGGAUAUUCAUUCGAAAAAGACAGUUCAUCCAAAUCUUAUUCCUCAAACACCGAUUCGAAUGCUGUGCGAAACGCAGAGGAAGAGGAAGCAUUAGUCCUGGCUAUAGCAAAGUCACUGCAGGAGACAUCGGUACGAAACGAUCGUGCAUCCUGUGUUUAUCCACCGGUAACAUGCAUAGCUCCACAUUCGUCUACCCCAAAACUAGAACGCGAUGUACGAGCACUGUAUGAUUUUGAAGCUGCUGAGGAUAAUGAAUUGACAUUUUCGGCGGGCGAUAUUAUUACUGUUACAGACGACAGUGAUUUAAAUUGGUGGAGAGGCAGAUCCCAUCGCGGAGAAGGCCUAUUUCCAGCAAGCUUUGUAACAUCCGACUUAUUACCUCAAGAAAGUGAACCAUUGGCCAGAGAAAAGACACUUCCUCUAGCUGUUUCUGUAGUGAGAAUUGAUAAAACAGUGCUGGAAGAAUGUCUCCGUGUACUUGAAGACUGCGAUCCGACGGGGGAAAGACCAGAUCCACCUGAACUGGCAGAUCUGGAACAGCAGAGUUUGGCUCAAGCUCCAUUAAUAGACGCACGAUUAGCAGAAAUUGACAGGCAACAUAAUGCUUUGGCACAAGUGGACAUUGCAAUAAGAGAUGUAUUAUCAAUGUAUGAUCGAGCUGUGGAGCAAGUUCAGUAUCAGGUAUCGAUGCAACAGCCGGCAGCACAACCAGUGGUUAGGUAUCAGGUACCCGAAGUAACGACGCUAUCGACAGCACCAUCACGAGCACAGUGGGGCAGUCCGGCAGAAAAUAUGUAGACUAUGUAGACGCGAGAUUCAUGUAUAAAUUGUAUCAAACAAAUAUUUAACUAAUUUUUAUAGAAGGACAGGGUGAUGGUAAAGUACUUUCAUGUACAAAACAAAAAAAAAUUGGAAGACCUGGCAACUUUUGAACACAGAUUCCCGCACUACUAUUUCUCACUGC